GUGGGCUGUGGCAGGACAGGACUCGGGGCAAGCCAUGACCUCUUUGUAACCUGACUACAUCCAUAUGGCCUCCUGGUGACUUGUGCGUUUCUUUCUCCCCUCGUUCUUUUUCCCUUCCACUCUUUUUUCCACGUCCACGGUCCUUAACAUCGCGCUGUGAGCUUCGUGCUUGCGUCCAGUCUUUCAACAACGGGCCUCUUGUAGCCCAGUCACUCUUUUAUUUUGCUUUUUUGGUAGUUGUUUCGUUCAUUUCACCCUUUUUUGGCUCGAGUCUAUCGAUCAUGCAUACAACCGUAUCAGCCGCCAGCUUGCUGGCCAUAACCACUUUCCUUUCAACAGCACUCGCUUCGCCGAUCCUCGAAACCCGCUCUGUCCCUGUGAAACGAGCCAGCGGACUGGAAUUGGCUGUCUACUGGGGACAAGGACCAAGCCAAAACCGUCUGGCAGAUUUUUGCCAGGAUACGGCCUUCGAUGUUAUCCCUAUUGGGUUUGUCAAUACCUUCCCGGAUCAGGCUGGCAACAAUGGGUACCCCGGCACCAAUUACGGCAAUGCUUGCGGAAGCCCAUAUUGGAAAUCCCCAGAUGGCACGCAAACCAAGAUGUUCACAAAUUGUUGGCAAAUCGCCGAGGACAUCCCUGUGUGUCAAGCGGCAGGCAAAAAGAUCCUCGUGUCAUUGGGAGGUGAUAGCCCCGGCAACUUCAUCGCCUCGACAACUUCUGCGCAAGCAUUUGCAGACUUUCUCUGGGGCGCAUACGGUCCACCACAAGACACCACCGAGACGCUUUUCCCGAGACCCUUCGGAACCGACGUUAUCGUUGACGGAUUCGAUCUGGAUAUCGAGUCUGGAAGUGACGCCUUCUACUCUGACUUGGUCAACGAGCUGAGAGCCAAGUUCGGUACCUACUCGGGCAAGCAGUUUUACAUUUCUGGUGCACCACAGUGCGUGGUCCCGGAUGCCCAUCUGGAUAGCGCCAUCAUGAACUCGGAGUUUGACUAUGUGUUUGUACAAUACUACAACACCGACAGCUGCUCAGCUGCUUCAUUGUUCUCAUCUGGCUCGUUGAGCACGACCACUGAUAUCUCAUACGGCUGGGUCAACUGGCUCGAACAGUACUCAAUGAACAAGAACGUGAAAUUGUUCGUCGGUCUUCCAGGAUCUCCUUCUGCUGCUCAUCCUCAAGACUAUCUUGAUCUCAACGAGGCCCAGGCUCUGAUCACCUCGUAUGCCUGCGGAGCGCAAUAUUCACCAGUCUUCGGAGGUGUUAUGGUUUGGGAAGCGACUUAUUCGAACAACAACCAGAUCAACGGUAAGAGCUAUGCCCAGAACAUCAAGGAUAUUAUGAAUGGUAUUUCGUGCCCUGGUCAAGCCACUACGACGACGACGACAACAACAUCGACCACCACCACCACGACCAGCACAACGACAACCACUACCACGACUACCACGACGACAACUACAACUACAACGUCAAGCACUACCACUACCACGAUCCCCGUGCCCACAACUACAACUACAACUACAACUACCUGGGCCGCGGUCCCCACCACAACUACCACUACCACCGCCACCACCACUACCGUAGCUGUCGUUCCAACGACUACCUCGACAACCACCAGCAACGUCCAGACGACCACCACUACCUCGAACUCUCAAAUCGGACCAAUCAACGGCUCCACCACAACAUCCUCCAGCAGCACUUGGGCUUGGACGACCACAUCUAGCAGCAUGAGCACCACAACUUCGAGCUCUGAAGUCGGCCCGAUUGGCGGUUCAACCUCGAGCAGCACUAGCAGCACUUGGGCUUGGACGACCACGUCUGGCAGCUUGAGCUCCCAGACUACCACGACUUCGAGCUCUCAAGUGGGACCGAUUGGCGGCUCUACUUCAACUCCAUCGACCUGGGCUUGGACCUCUUCCUUUUCCACCACCUCAUCUUCUGCCGUCGGUCCAAUCAGUGAGAGCACCACGAGCUCGAGCUUGGCCACCGCUCCUUGGGAGGACUGGACCACCACCACCACCACCACCACCGUAGCCACCUCGACUUCUCCAGUUAGCCCGAUUAGCCAAACCACGACGACCACACCCGGCGCACCGUGGGAGGAUUGGACCACUUCAGCUCCAGUCACCACGCCUGCAUCGUCGACUGUUGCCCCAGACUCCACAGUCACCGUCAUCACGACAAGCUACAUCGAUGUCUGCCCGACUGGCUUCGUCACCAAGACGUUCACUCUGACAACGACAAUCACCCUCAAGCCAACCUCGACACCGUUUGUCUGGCCUACAGGACCAAACGGGGUCCCAUCUGGCUUCACCACGACCGUCACCACCUGCACUGCAUGUGGCCCAACCAUCACGGUCACCCUGACGAUCCCUCAACCGACCGGGGCUGCCCCCAUCACGCAGACAGUUGUCCCUGUCGAAUCCAGCCCGGCUGGCUUCGCACAGGUUAGCCCCACAGGCACCUUUGUCACCGUCACUGGACCAAUCGUCACCGAAACUCGUCCUGCCCCGUCCGCGGCCCCCAAGGUGUCUACACCUGUGGCUCCCGUCGCCCCUGUCGCAACCUCGGUGUCGCCCGUUGUUGCGCCCGUCGCGACAUCUCAGGGUAGCAACAGCGCCUGGCUAGGUGUCUCAGGACCUGCGUCUCCUACCUCGGGCUCACACUCAAGCCCCGUCUCCCCUGCCGUCGCUACGUUCACGGGUGCUGCUUCACAACAACUGCCCAGCUCGAAGAUGACUGUUGCAUUUGGCGCGCUUGUUGCUGUUGCGGGUCUGUUGAUUUAAGAAAAAGUGUGUGAGAUCUAUCUUUUUUUGAGCAUAAUACCCCUCUUGAAACUUUGGAAUCUAGCACAACGAGUGAUUCUGUGAUGGCAAGAAAAAGGCAUGUGACGGUAGAGAGAAAGCAUAAGUCAUGAGCGAGCGUUUUUUCGGGUUUUGUAUUUGUCUAUAUUUACCUGUUGCAGUGUCAAUAUGUUUUUGGGAACAAUUCUAUUUCUAUUCAUAUCAUUGAUCGUUGAACGGAUCUUUGACCCUCUCUUGACCUAUGUGAUGUAGCCAUUAUUUUUUCAUAUGAUAUACAUGGC